CAACAUUUCUAAUCAAGCAUGGGAACCUGGCCACAACAGCCAGGACAUUCUCUUCCAAUGAUUCAGGCUCUUCUUUUCUGCCUUUUAGCUGCCGCUGUUGUGGCCGAUAAGCCUUAUAUUUAUGCCUCUCCUCCGCCACCUUACCAUCCUAAACAUUACUAUACAUCACCCCCAAAACAUGUGCAACAUCCUCCUUACCAAUACAAGUCUCCGCCUCCACCAAAACAUGUAGAGCAUCCGCCGUAUCACUACAAGUCUCCACCUCCACCAAAAUAUGUCCAACACCCACCAUAUUACUACAAGUCACCACCUCCACCAAAGUAUGUGAGGCAUCCACCUUAUAAAUAUAAGUCUCCACCCCCACCAAAGCAUGUAGAACAUCCACCAUACUACUACAAGUCUCCACCUCCACCAUCUCCUUCACCACCACCUCCUUACCACUAUACUUCACCUCCUCCUCUAAAGAAAUCUCCCCCUCCUCCAUACUACUAUAAGUCUCCGCCUCCACCAUCACCAUCACCGCCGCCUCCAUACCACUAUACUUCACCACCACCUCCUAAGAAGUCACCACCUCCUCCAUACUACUAUAACUCUCCACCUCCACCUUCUCCAUCGCCGCCACCUCCAUACCAUUAUACCUCACCACCACCUCCUAAAAAGUCACCACCUCCUCCAUACUACUAUAAGUCUCCACCUCCACCAUCACCAUCGCCGCCACCUCCUCCAUACCACUAUACUUCACCACCUCCUCCUAAGAAUUCACCACCUCCUCCAUACUACUAUACGUCUCCACCUCCACCAUCACCAUCGCCGCCACCUCCAUACCACUAUACUUCACCACCUCCUCCUAAGAAUUCACCACCUCCUCCAUACUACUAUAAGUCUCCACCUCCACCAUCACCAUCGCCGCCACCUCCAUACCACUAUACUUCACCACCUCCUCCUAAGAAGUCACCACCUCCUCCAUACUACUAUAAGUCUCCACCUCCACCUUCUCCAUCGCCGCCACCUCCAUAUCACUAUACCUCACCACCUCCUCCUAAGAAGUCACCACCUCCUCCAUAUCACUAUACCUCACCACCUCCUCCUAAGAAGUCACCACCUCCUCCAUACUACUAUAUGUCUCCACCUCCACCAUCACCAUCGCCGCCACCUCCAUAUCACUAUACCUCACCACCUCCUCCUAAGAAGUCGCCACCUCCUCCAUACUAUUAUAAGUCUCCACCUCCACCAUCUCCAUCACCACCACCUCCCUAUCAUUAUACAUCACCUCCUCCACCAAAGAAAUCUCCACCUCCUCCAUACUACUACAAGUCUCCACCUCCACCAUCUCUUUCGCCACCACCUCCUUAUCACUAUACAUCACCUCCUCCACCAAAGAAGUCUCCACCUCCUCCAUACUACUACAAAUCACCACCUCCACCUUCCCCAUCACCUCCACCAUCUUACCAUUAUAACUCUCCACCUCCACCAUCUCCCUCACCACCACCUCCAUAUCACUACACAUCACCUCCUCCUCCAAAAAAGUCUCCACCUCCUCCAUACUACUAUAAGUCUCCACCUCCACCAUCUCCAUCGCCGCCACCUCCAUAUCAUUACACAUCACCUCCUCCACCAAAGAAGUCUCCAUCUCCUUCAUAUUACUACAAGUCUCCACCACCACCUUCCCCCUCACCACCACCUCCAUACCACUAUACAUCUCCUCCUCCCCCAAAGAAAUCUCCACCUCCUCCAUACUAUUAUAAAUCACCACCACCGCCAUCACCCUCACCUCCUCCUCCAUAUUACUACACCUCCCCACCACCUCCAAAACACUAUUAAGCCUUUCAUUGAAUGAAGUUGAACAUAAUAAUUGUUGUUCUUAAAAUAAUUUUUCUUUUUAUUUUUGUAAUAGAACAAGUGUUUGUGUAAAAUAAGGAUCUAAACAAAGAUCCACAAGUGAAUUCUUUUGUAUCAAGCUUUAAUUUGCUAUCAAGUGAUGAUUUCUGUGUAUGCGGAUCAGUAAUAAAAUUUUAUUGAAAACUAC